AUGGCGUCCGCGGCAAAGCUCGCUGAGCUUGCGCUCCACACCGCAGAGCAGUCGGAGGAGGAGCUGCUGCUCUCACAGGAGCGGCUAGAUGACAUGCGCAUAUCGCGCGGCGCGUACGUUGAGGUACGCGCUGUAAGCGACGCAGGCAUCUCGCCGCCGGCCGGCUCACCCUCUGGCAGCGCGUCUCCAUCGUCGUCGUCGCCGACGGGUCCGGCGACGGCCGCGGCGACUGGCGGCGCCGAGGAUCGCGGCGCUCUCGUUUUACGCGUCGGCUCUGCGGCGCCCGGCAAGGGCUCCCAGGGCGUCUCGCUCCUCGCGGCAACGGCGUCGCUCUUUGGCCUCUCUUCGCGGCAGAGUGUCGAGGUCAUUGUG